AUGGCACAGAACAGCGAGAAAGAGCCCAUCGAUGAGAGCUCUGAGACCAUCGACACCUCGAGCUCUCUUGAUGCCUUGUUAAAUGAGAUCACAACCCGCUGCGACAGACAGACAAGAGAGAUCAACAAAUGGCUGGGUCUCGCCGAAGACUUCAAAAAAGCCACUGCCGACUUGCUGGAGCGUGCGGAGCGCCAUAGGAGAGCAACCGCCGAGUUCAGAGCCCUGUUCCUCAGGACCCCCACGACGCCUUUCAUGCCACAAAACACCGAAAACGUAAUACAACAUGUAGACAUCUAG